AUGAUGAACUUCAUGAAACUUAUCAUAUUGACGUUGUCAGUAUCAGGACAGUCAUUGAAGGAAGCAGUUGAGGAUAAUCUGAUUCCAUUUGAGCAUUUCGUAGGAACAGAAAGAGAGAAUGAGACUAAAUCACUUGCUGAACGUAUGGAACACUGGUUUGUACCAGGCGAACCAGCUACAGCAGACAUCAUCUACCAAGCGGGUACCAUUAGCAGUUUCCUUAGUGCACUCACAGCUCUCAAAUAUGUGGAAAACGGAACACUAAAUCUUGAGACUAAUAUCAAUGAUUACUUAACUUCGAACUGGAAGAUGUCUUAUAAAAGAAGGCAAGACAACAGAGUGAAACUAAAACAUCUACUCAGUCACAGUGGGGCUGUUACUGUUGACAAAUUCGAUGGAUAUACACGGGGACAGGCUCUCCCAACCUUACAACAGACGUUGUCUAAGUCAGGUCCAGCCAAUAACCCUAAAGUGGAACUGAUAGAGGAUCUUCUCGAUAUUAUAUUCAAUGGUCCCUUUACCCCUGGUACACAGGAGGAUUACUCAUCAGGAGGAUUUGCAGCCCUGCAACAAGUGCUCGAAGAUGUCACAGGUCAAUCAUUCAGGACAAUUGUCCAACAAUUGGUACUUGACAAGGCUAAUAUGUCAUCGAGUAGCUUUGCCAUUAGGGACUACACCGACAUUGAUGGUAUUGCAUUUGGCCAUCACUGCAACAGCUCAGAAGAAAGUGCGAUUCCAGGAAACUGGAACACAUACCCAGAAUCUGCUGCUCAAGGGCUGUGGUCAAAUGUAAGAGAUCUGGCAAAGUUGGUAAUUAAUGUGGCCAAAGGGAAGAGUGGUGAUGCAGGUUCUAUUCUGAGAGAUCUGGCAAAGUUGGUAAUUAAUGUGGCCAAAGGGAAGAGUGGUGAUGCAGGUUCUAUUCUAAAUACUCAGUCGACCGACAGUAUGCUUACCAUUCAAUUAAAAAAUGGCCAAGGAAACCCAAGAGCUACUGAAGAUGGCACAUUUGGCUUAGGGCCGGAGGUAGUGGAUGGCCGAGCCUCAAGCAAAUGGUUCUUCAAUACUGGCUAUAGCGAGGGGUAUUGUAGCGAAAUAAUUGGCAAUACAGAUGGAAGAGGGUUGGUGAUGAUGUCAAAUCUCGACUGUGAUCGCAGUCAUUUUCUAUUAGGAGAGUUAUUUCGUUCUGUUGCAGCAGUUUACAGAUGGGAAGAUGCUGCAUCAGCUAAAGUUGAUUUCAACACGAGGCUUCCUGUCAAACUUCCACUAGAGAGCCCCCAGCCAUGGGAAGGACUGUACAAAGCGGAACCUUAUGUCACCGGUAUACCUGGUGUUGGGGUGAUACAGCCAUUCCAGAAUGUGUAUUUCUCUGCCACUACUGCCCAGGUUGACCAAGACGUUUGCAUUUACUACAUGUACCCAUGUGCUAAUUUGGAUAACGUGUACUGUCCUACAUUCAGUAUAUUCCAAGAUGUAGACGACAAGCUAGGGCAGCUUACAUUUUCACCAGAUGGCGCUAGUGGUUAUAAGGGAGAACUAUACAUGGGAGUGGUGCCUAUAGUUGACGUCGAAGUGAAGGUUUCACUUACAAGGAUGUGUGGGGGCCACGAGAGAAUCGAGUGGGACAAGCGUUCUGUGAGCGUUACUAUAGCUCUAUCCCACCCCCAGGGGUUGAUAUCAUAUCCAAGCAUAUCGUUAAUGAAUGCCAGGAAGAGUUUAUCAAUAUGA